ACUGGUUCCCUAUCUAUAUAUGAUAGGUAUAGGUCGCGGUUCUGCUUUUGACUACUCCCGCAGUUUUUGGCUGAUCGCUACGCAGAAACGCAGUCACGUUGGCCGAGAAACUCAGAUAUCAACAAUACAGAAAGUGCAACCAAAAAGCUUUGCCAUGGCGGAAUCCUUGGAACAAAUGCCAAAAUCCGAUACCAUAAGGCUUCGCGAGCGUCAUAUAGGACAAUCGUGCAAGCUGUUCUACAAAUCGAAUCCGUUAAAGAUCGUAAGGGCCGAAAGACAAUACAUGUACGACGAGAGGAAUAAUCGAUACCUGGAUUGCAUAAACAAUGUCGCGCACGUUGGCCACUGCCAUCCGGACGUCGUGCGAGCCGGUCAGGAACAAAUGGCUUUAUUGUCCACGAACAAUCGCUUCCUUCACGACAACCUGGUGAUCUGCGCGAGCCGAUUGACGUCUCUUCUGCCGGAACCGCUGUUCGUUUGCUUCCUGGUGAACUCUGGCAGUGAAGCUAACGAUCUUGCUCUCCGUCUCGCUCAGGCGCACACGAAGAACAAGGAUGUUAUCACGUUGGACCACGCUUACCACGGACAUUUGACCACGAUAAUCGACAUCUCGCCGUACAAAUUCAACAAGCCUAAUGGUACCGGCAAGAAGGACUGGGUGCACGUGGCUCCUUGCCCGGAUGUAUACCGCGGGAAGUACCGCGCCAGUGAUUGCAACGGAGAGGAUCUUGGUGUCAAGUACGCCGACGACGUAAAGCAGAUCUGCAAGGACAUCAAGGCCAAAGGACGAGGACUUUGCGCCUACAUCGCGGAGAGCCUUAUCUCCGUCGGCGGACAGAUUCUACCGCCGCAAAAUUACUUCCGGAACGUGUACAGACACGUACGUGAAGCUGGAGGAGUCUGCAUUGCGGACGAAGUCCAGGUCGGUUUUGGAAGGGUCGGCACUCACAUGUGGGCCUUCCAAAUGUACGGCGAGGACGUUGUUCCGGACAUAGUCACCAUGGGCAAGCCCAUGGGCAAUGGUCAUCCCGUUGCGGCUGUUGUUACAACGCCGGAGAUCGCGCGCAGCUUCCGCGAUACUGGAAUCGAAUACUUCAACACGUACGGUGGCAAUCCUGUAUCUUGUGCAGUGGCGAACGCGGUGAUGGAAGUGAUCGAACGCGAAAGUCUUCAGGAGAACGCCCUGAAAGUCGGUCGCCAUCUGAUCAUGGAAUUGGAGAAAUUAGCGAAACGACGGAAGAUUAUCGGUGAUGUUCGCGGUGUCGGCUUGUUCGUGGGCAUCGAAUUGGUUCGCGACAGAAUCAAAAAGAUACCAGCGACGGCGGAGGCGAAGCACGUUGUAUCUAGGAUGAAGGAGAACAAGAUCCUCAUCAGCAGCGAUGGUCCGGAUAACAACGUUUUGAAAUUGAAACCGCCGAUGGUCUUCACCAUUGACAACGUCAAUCAUCUCGUAUCUGUUCUCGACGAAAUUCUCAAAGAAGUCGAUAUCGAUUUCGAUGAGGAGCCGGAAACUACUACAACUAUCAUCAAAGCAACAAUCUCAUCGAUAGAAGUCGACAGAGGCACCGUGAUGAACAAUGGAAAUCCAUUACUCGUUCGCGCUAAUUAAUAGUUUCCGCUAAUUUUGCAAAUACCCAAAGUUUGCAAUAAUUUUAUCAAAAGUAUUAUUAUUUUUAAGAUAAAUGAAAAUGUUUGAUGCAACAUUUUUUACAAUCUCGUUGGAAAUUCUAAGUAAUUUUAGUAAUUUACUUAGUAAUUUAGUUUACUUUUAGUAUAUAAGACAAAAUAAUGUAUAGAACAAUAUUAUACAAUAUGAUAUAUAUAAUAUAAGACGAAA